UUUACGAAACAGUUACGAAUUAUCAGCGAACAGGGAUAGCAACGACCAGCGGUACUUUUUAACCGCUUUUUAUAAAAUCUUCAGAAAACUAACUUAGCCAUGAGUUUAGCUUUAAGAGCUGAAUUUGCUUUAGACAAGACAAAGAAAAAGAAGAAAAGAGAAUUAGCUGAAGAACAGAAACAAGAAAUUAAAGAAGCAUUUGAUUUAUUCGAUACAGAUAAAGACCGAGCUAUAGAUUAUCAUGAACUCAAGGUUGCUAUGAGAGCACUUGGAUUUGAUGUCAAGAAAGCAGAUGUGUUAAAAAUUUUACGAGAUUAUGACAGAGAAGGGACUGGUAAAAUUUCAUUUGAAGAUUUUAAUGAAGUCAUGACUGACAUGAUGUUAGAAAGAGACCCACAAGAGGAGAUAAUAAAAGCAUUUAAACUAUUUGAUGAUGAUACAUCAGGGAAAAUUAGUUUACGAAAUCUAAGAAGAGUGGCUAGAGAAUUAGGAGAAAAUAUGACAGAUGAAGAGCUGCGAGCAAUGAUUGAUGAGUUUGAUAGAGAUGGAGACGGUGAAAUAAAUGAAGACGAGUUUAUUGCCAUAAUGACAGGAGAUACAUAAGACAACAGACCAAAUAAGUACAGACAUGACAGAUGUGCAUUUAUUACAAGAUACAUAAAACAAUAAAUGUAAACAAUUUUACAAAUGUGCAUUUAGCAUGUUUAGUAUUGGUACAAAACAACAGAUGAACGUUUGUGCAGAUAUGCAUUUAGUAUUGGUAAACAUUUGUACACAUGUUCAUUUAUGGAUACAUAAAAAAAUCAGAUGAACAUUUGUACAGAUGUGCAUUUAGUAUAAAUAUGUGAUCAUCAUUUCAUUUUACAAAUGUCCUGUGACAACUUCAUUACAGACUCAUGGAUAUUGUGUUCAGUUUAUUAUGCAUUGGUAAGAAUGAAGAUCAAAUUACACUAUUUUACAUUCCAGCAAAAUUUUCAUUGAUUGACAUGGAGAAAAUAUGUAAUAUUUCUAUAUAUAGAAACCAGCAUGCUACGAUCAAUAUUGUGACACUAUUUCAUUUUAAAUUUAUAUAUUUUAAGAUAUUGAUAGAGUUGCUCCUUAAUUUAUAAAAAUUAAAACAAUUUCUUUUGCAUGAACUCUUUAUGGUGUAAUGUAAAAGCACUCAUGUAUUAAUUCUUUAUUCUUUGAUUUAAAAAUUGCAUAAAACAUUUGCUUUUCUUGCGACUUUUAUAAUGCUCUCAUCUUGUAUCAAAAUUCAUGAAAACAAGUUAAGUUGAAAGGAUAUAUAGUUAUUGUUAGAGAAGUUAUGCUGUUUCAGGGAUAAUUUUAAGUUAGUAAGAUUGAGCUACUGUUGAAGCUUUUACAUGUUGUAGAUGUCAGUUGUCUUUUUCUUUCUUUAAGUGCUGUCACGUUCCUUUGAUAUUUCCACUAAAGUUUACUGCUGAUACAUUUUUUUCUAGUUCACUUUUUUUUUAAUUUACAUAUUCAAAUCUGUUUUUUCUCCAUCUUUAUUUUUAAAGAUCAAUUGUAUUAUUCAUUGUAACACCUGUUGGUGUGAAAGAGAUAUUUGUGAAUAUUUGUAUUUUAUUUAAAUAUUUUUAUAUAAUGGAUUGCUAGUUUCCAUAUUAAAUAAUAAAAUUAUUAAGAAUUA